AUGAAUGCCUUUCCUGUGAAUAGCUCGGCGCAAUCGUCUUCCUUCACACCCGGCCAACCCACUUCCGCCCCGAAAAAGGGUAGGAAACGGCAAUCUGGCACGGCAUGGACUCGCUCGGGAUGCAUAACCUGCAAGAAGAGGCGCAAGGCCUGUGAUAAGACCAAACCAAGUUGCAAUAAUUGUCUCAAGCAAGGCCGGACAUGCGAGGGCUACGGCUCUAUAUGGGUGGAGCCACUAAGUCCAUCGGCGCAGGUAUUCUUGCAGACGGAAACUUCAAAGCGCCGACGGCUCAGUGCGUCCUCGCCAUCUCAGUUCCCUUCGCCUGCACCGUCCCCAUCAUCGGAUGCAUGGCUUGAGACUCGUUUAUCCCCUGGGCCGGGGACUUCCAUGAGCUGGUCCGUUCCAUUUUCUCCUGGGGAGUAUAUCUCGUUUGAGGAAGCUACCAGUUCGAUUGAAGAUGCGGAAGAAUACAGUCCUAGCCCGAUUAUAGAUUUGCAUAGUUCUGUCGCAGUGAUCCCACAGCUUCAAGGAUAUAUCAGUCAUCUCUCAACACAUGAGACUCACUUCCUCCAAUAUCACAUGGAGCAGGGAUCUCGACUGAUAGCAAAUCUAGAAAGCCAUGAUAAUCCCCUUCGGUCGAUGUUGAUCCCCAGGGCAAUGUCGUCACCUCUGCUGAUGAAGGCUGUAUGUGCCAUCUCUGCUCUUCAUCUAGCAAAUCGCUCCCAAGGGCUUGGAGCACAUACGGCUGCACUCAAAUACUAUAGUGGAACGCUCAAUGGACUCCGCACAGCACUCGACAAGUGUUCAGUGGAGGUGUUCCCUGACGAUGCCAUGCUAGCAGUCGGUCUAUUGUGCAAAUAUGAGAUCGUGCGUGGUAGCGUUAAGCAGUGGGUUGUUCAUCUCAAUGCAUUGCAACGUCUGAUCGUUUCACGCGGUGGAUUCGCUUCAAUGGAUCGAGAUGCAGCCGAGUUCCUUCGCGGACUAUUCGUAUAUGCCUAUAACAUGGGCAGGAUCAGCAACCGCAAUUGUAUCACUGCUACGGAUAUUUUUGUCGACAGUGAUAUCGGCAUCCCAAAAUUGGAUAUAUACAUUGGGUAUACAGAGGAACUCCUCAACUUAUGUGCCCGUAUUGCAGAGCUGCCUUCUCUCCAAGCUGAUACGUUGGCUCUUCGACUCAGUGUUGCAUCCAUAAACGAAUCCCUCCUCGCCUGGUCUCACACCUCAAUUCCCUACAUAAUCCCCCAAGGAACACCAACAGCAACCUUAACUCGGCUUCAACUUGUAGCUGAAUGCUUCCGUGACGCAGGAUUUGUCUAUCUCCACUCGAUCAUGGAGCGCAUUAAUACCCCUCCCGCUGCCAGUCUUGGUACCAUUGUCAACACCCAGCUAGAGGAGGUCCCACCUCUGUCAGCACAAGACUGGAUUCCUCCCAUCUCCACGCCGAAAAACGUCGCCGUCUACCGCUGUCUUGGCCGUAUUGAAACCUUCCCGCUGGGUGACCACUGCGAGUACUCGGCCCUCACGUUCCCUAUCUUUAUCUGCGGGUGUGAGAGUGAUGAUGUAGCGGACAGGGAGGUUGUGCUUCGUUCAUUGGGCAAGCUACAGGAUAACUUUGGGAUUGGGAAUGUGAGGCGUGCAAAGGAUUUAUUGGGGAUAUUGUGGGCGAGACAGGAUGCUAAUUCUGAUGCUCGGUUUACUGGGAUUGGUCGGCAGAGAAAUGUGCAUUGGUUAGAUAUUGUGGAGGAACUGGGGUGGGAGUUGAUUCUUGCAUAG